AUGGGUAAACGUUCCUCACCGCCAUUACAUAUUAAGCUUCCUGAGCGUCCAAACUUUUUUAACCACAUGUCUAAGGGGAAGGAUACAAAAAAUAAACAAACCAAGGAUAUAGAGUAUAGCAUAGAAAUGGUCAAAGAAGCCUUGUACAAAAAUAAACUAAGGCUCCACAAAUAUCCUUCAAAGAAACCAAAAAUCGUUAUCCCUAAUCUGUUACUCGACGGAUCACCGUUGCCGUCGCCUACCAAAAGCGAAGAAACAUUCGAAAAAGAACUCAAUCGAGCCCGAAAAGAAUUCAAGCAGUUUAAUCAAGAUCUCGACGAGAUAUCUCGGUCGGUGGAAAAGUUGGUUCAAGAGGCGCCGGAGUGGUUUGCGGGGAUAGAAGAGAUAAAAAAGAAACAAGAUAAUGUUGAAGAAUGCAUUACAGCGACACAAGAAAAAAUCAUCGAAAAUGAACAUCGUCUAGAGAAAUUGGAGACUUUACAAUACGAAGCAAACGAUGAUAUAAAUAAUGAUCUGAAAAAAAUUCAAGAGCAGCUCAAUGAGUUAUUGGAAAAACAUCGAACAGCACAUGCAAAUGUUCAGAAUCUUGAUCGGAAUCAAUUAAGAACUACCGAGCAGCUUGAUUUAAUGCUACAUGCUAUACAUGAAUAUGCACGUUUAAUUGAAGAGUGUAGCACUACAAUUAAACAUUUCGAUGAUGUCGGAUCUCCAAUUAAAUAUGAGUCUUUGGAUUUGUCUCCAUUUCGACGAGUAGAGGGCAGUUCAUAUUUCGAAGAUCACAUUUAUCGCGCAAGUCGCGCGACAACACCCAAUGGAAGCUUACCCACUUCGCGAUCUACAUCACCAAUAUUCUUUACACAUUCUGGCACAAGUACACCCGCUAUCACAUCCUCACAAUCAGCUGAUCCAUCUUCUCCACUAUCACCUACUGGCCCACCAGCGACUUCACCCCAACCAAUACAUCCACUUCCCUACUAUCAGUUACGGCAUCAACAGCUUUUGUUACUGGGAAUGCGACGAGCAGCUGUAGGACUGAAAUUUUUACUGUAUGCUAAACAACUGAAUGAUUUGAAGAAUGGUCAUCCGGAAAUUGAUUGUGAUUUAGAUGUUGAUUUAUUUGGUGACUCAAUGGAUGAAUGCUCGUUAUCGAGUUAUGCUACAUACACAAAAACUGCCGUAUUCAAUAGCAAAGAUAGUGAUUAUAGUAGCAGUGAUACUGAUGGCGCGAAAACUAGUAGUGAUGAUUGCAUAAAUAGUAGUGGUGGUAACAGUGAAAAUAAUAACUAUAGCAAUUAUCAUGGUGAAGGAGGAAAAGUCAGUGUCACAAUAAGGAAACGACCACAUGUGUUUUUCGUAGGAGCUUUCGAAUGGUACCCAGAAAAGAAACAUAUGGACUUUGGAUAA